AUGAAUUAGAAAAUUGUGAUGAGAAAUGAAGACCAGGAGGUUGAAGUGUCUGGAACAGAAUAAGUAAUGUAUAAAUUUAAACAUAGCCAGUUGAAAUAUAAUAAGAGACCAUCAAAUUAAACGAAGCCCAUAUUGAUUUAAUUGUCAAAGAGUUCGAUGUUGAUAGAUUUCAAGCCACAAGAUGGUUAAAAAAGAAUGAGGGUGAUUUACAAAAAACCAUUAAGUGGGUAAUUAGCAAUUGA